UGUAUUUGUAUAUAAAGAGCGGCUGCCUGUGUGCGCAGCGAAAGAGCUCAGCUGAGACAGAGAGGAGGGCGAGUGCUGCGGUGCGUGAGAAUCCAAAGAAGAAGCAACUCUUCUCUCCGAGGACAAAAUUGACAAGUACUGAGGGUUACAUUCUUUCAUCCAUUGAAAAACACAGCUUGGCUUUUCUCCCAGUAAGUAAUUGCGUGGGAACCUCAAGACGAUAUUGAAAAUGUCAGCCAAAGGAUUAUCGAUCGGCGUUGACCUGGGCACCACCUACUCCUGCGUGGGUGUGUUUCAGCACGGAAAGGUGGAAAUCAUCGCCAACGACCAGGGCAACAGAACCACUCCCAGUUACGUGGCCUUCACGGACACGGAGAGGCUCAUCGGAGAUGCUGCCAAGAACCAGGGGGCCAUGAACCCCAACAACACCGUCUUUGAUGCCAAGCGGCUGAUCGGCAGGAAGUUUGAGGACCCCGUGGUGCAGUCUGACAUGAAGCACUGGCCCUUCAAGGUGAUCAGUGAUGGAGGAAAACCCAAAGUUCAGGUGGAGUACAAAGGAGAGACCAAAGCGUUCUACCCAGAAGAAAUCUCCUCCAUGGUCCUGGUGAAAAUGAAAGAGAUUGCCGAGGCUUACCUGGGACAGAAGGUGUCCAAUGCGGUCAUCACCGUGCCCGCCUACUUCAGUGACUCUCAGCGCCAGGCGACGAAAGAUGCCGGAGUGAUCGCUGGGCUGAACGUGCUCAGGAUCAUCAAUGAACCCACAGCAGCUGCCAUCGCUUACGGUCUGGACAAAGGCAAGAAGGGCGAGCGCAACGUCCUGAUCUUCGACCUGGGGGGAGGCACUUUCGACGUGUCCAUCCUGACGAUCGAGGAGGGGAUCUUUGAGGUGAAGGCCACGGCGGGAGACACUCACCUGGGUGGGGAGGACUUUGACAAUCGCAUGGUCAGUCACUUUGUGGAGGAGUUCAAGAGGAAAUGCAAGAAGGACAUCAGCCAAAACAAGAGGGCGCUGAGGAGGCUGCGUACGGCAUGCGAACGGGCCAAGAGAACCCUGUCCUCGAGCUCGCAGGCCAGCAUCGAGAUUGACUCUCUGUACGAAGGCAUCGACUUCUACACGUCCAUCACCAGGGCGCGCUUCGAAGAGCUGAACUCGGACCUCUUCAGAGGAACGCUGGACCCGGUGGAAAAAGCCUUGAGAGAUGCCAAAAUGGACAAGUCGCAGAUCCACGAUAUCGUGCUGGUUGGAGGCUCCACCCGAAUCCCUAAGAUCCAGAAGCUGCUGCAGGAUUUCUUCAACGGCAGGGAGCUGAACAAGAGCAUCAAUCCAGACGAAGCGGUGGCCUACGGUGCAGCUGUACAGGCAGCCAUCCUCAUGGGUGACACGUCUGAGAACGUCCAGGACCUGCUGCUGCUGGACGUGGCACCUCUGUCUCUGGGCAUUGAGACGGCAGGAGGAGUCAUGACUCCCCUCAUCAAACGCAACACCACCAUCCCCACGAAACAAACCCAGACCUUCUCCACGUACUCAGACAACCAGCCAGGAGUCUUGAUCCAAGUGUACGAAGGAGAAAGAGCCAUGACCAAGGAUAACAACCUGCUGGGCAAGUUUGAACUGAGCGGCAUCCCUCCUGCCCCACGGGGAGUCCCCCAGAUCGAAGUGACCUUUGACAUCGACGCAAACGGCAUCCUGAACGUGUCGGCGGUGGACAAGAGUACCGGUAAAGAGAACAAGAUCACCAUCACCAACGACAAGGGCCGCCUGAGCAAGGAGGAUAUCGAGAGGAUGGUGCAGGAGGCCGAAAAAUACAAGGCCGAUGACGACCUCCAGAGAGAGAAGAUUGCCGCUAAGAACUCCCUGGAAUCGUACGCCUUCAACAUGAAGAGCAGCGUGGAGGAUGAGAACCUCAAAGGCAAGAUCAGCGAAGAUGACAGGAAAAAGGUCCUCGAGAAGUGCAACGAGGCCAUCUCCUGGCUUGAGAACAACCAGCUGGCAGACAAAGAGGAAUAUGAGCAUCAGCUGAAAGAGCUGGAGAAAGUGUGCAGCCCCAUCAUCUCCAAGCUGUACCAGGGCGGGAUGCCGGGCGGGAUGCCGGGCGGAAGCUGUGGAAGCCAGGCGCGGUCCACAGCCAGCUGCGGCUCUCAGGGACCCACCAUUGAAGAGGUGGAUUAAAGUCAGAAGAUCUGAAAUGGACUUAAAUGAACUUUGUCUUCCCUGUUUUUGCAUUUGCCCCUGUAAUAUCGUCAAGAGAUUUCGGAGCUCCAAUGAAAGAUCUGGAAAAGGUCCUCAGAUAUGCUGAUGCUUCCACAAGUACUAUUCAAUGGUAUUUACAAUAACACAAUGUAUUUGCAAGGUGAACAAUGGAGAAGCUGGACAAAAAAAAAAAA